AUGGCCAGCUCACCUCGGCCCAUCCAGGACAUCAUUCACCAAGAAGAAGAAAAGAAGACACUGAAGAGGAGCAGGAAGAGAUCCUCCAUCCAGCUGUCCCCUGCACCUCCUGCAGUGAAGAAGCAGAAGAUUCAGGAGUCUGCGUCUACACGUGACCUGAGGGAUGGAUCACCAUCAUCAUCCUCCACGGCUGUAUCUGCGGGUGCCGUGCUUUGCCAGGCCACGUCUGCUCUCACGCACGAGAUGGUGCAGAAGGACGUCUGGUGUGCUGAGCUGCUGGACUUGCUGGGCGAGUUCCUGUGCCGCCGCUGCAGACGCCUGAGAGACCUCACUCCUGAGGUCUCCACGACUUGGCUGCGCACCGUGGACAUGCUCCUGGUCGUGACCAGAAGACAGUGGAAGCCCUUCCUCUGCCCGGGCAGCGUGGUCUUCCUUUACAUGUUGUGCCGGGACUCCAUCUCAGCGGAGGUGUCCAGCGAGGACGAGAUGUGUGCUGAGCUGCUCACCUGCUUUUAUGUUGCGUGCUCUUACAUCGGCACUAAGCUCGGCUACCCGGCGCAUCAUUUCAUGCUGGAGAGGAACAGGCAGGACUUCUGGAAGCGCACGCUGGACAUCACCACGCGCAUGAGCCACAAGAUGCUGCUGAUCAACAUCUCUUCGCAGUUAUUCACCCAGGUCCUCUCUGACCUGAAGAACAGGACGGACCGUUAG